ACAAAGAACUAAAAUCUGUAGUGAUGCUUGACGGUAUGUGUUUGAGAUAUUUACUUUUUACUUUCCAGACAUUAUAGUGCCCAAAACCCUGAACUUUAUACCGUUUAUGUGACUAGAUAAGUGAAAAUUCGUGAUGUUAUAACAGCAAGGGUUUCAAGUUUCGAUGAUCUUUGUGCGGUAACUGAUCAUAAGAAAAAUGGCUAGUCCUUCUCCACAAAACAGUCCUAUGCCGCCUCCUCAAGCGCCAAGUCCUAUGGGUCCACCCCCAUCCCACAGUCCUGCACCACUAUCCCCAGUUCCACAAUCUCAGUAUCAAGGUGGACCACCUUCAGGACCUCCUACCCAAUCACACUAUCCUAACCACCCAAACCAGUAUUCUGGUCAUUCCAGUUUGCCUCCCACUAAUCCUGAUCAACACCAAAUACAUGGAGCUUCACCUCAUCUGCAAUAUCCUCAGGGAACUAUGAAUUAUCCACAACAAGGCCCGCAGCCUCCUCAAUCCCAUGCAGGACAUCCUCCGCCACAGACCCACCCAGGGCAUCCACCUCCACAGACCCACCCAGGGCAUCCACCUCCACAUGGCCACCCAGUAGGCCCCCAGGUUCAUCCUGGAGCACCUCCAAGUCAUUCAGUAGCCCCACAGGGACACUCAGUAUCUUCCCAAGGACACCCAGGACCACCACAAGGCCAUGUAGGAUCUCACCCAGGUCAUCCAGGAGCACCUCCAAUGCAUCAUCCAGGAGCUCCACAGGGUCACCAAGGACAUCCAGUGGCUCCACAGGGGCAUCAGGCACACCCAGGUGUUCAAGGACAUCCUCAUGGUCCUCAGUCCAAUACUCACCCGUCUCAUAAUAUGCACCCAGGACAUUAUCCAGUGCAACGCCCAUCAUCAUCUCCUGUACAGCCUGUUCAGACACCACAGCCUCGUCCUCAAGCAUCGGACAAUUUGAAUGCAUUGCAAAAGGCCAUUGAUACAAUGGAGGAAAAAGGUAUGCAGGACGACCAGAGAUACUCCCAACUUCUUGCAUUAAGAGCUAGAACCAGUGCAGCAGCAGCAAAUUCUGCAUUAACGGCUCUUCAAAUGAAUCAGCUCAGAAACCAGAUUAUGGCAUAUAGGUGUCUAGCUAGGAAUCAGCCAGUGCCACAUUCUAUCUUACUGGGUUUACAAGGCAAAAGAUCAGAUGGUACUCCGCAGUUUCCUACUCCACCAUCAAGCCCAUUCCAACCUCAAGGUAGUGGACCGCCCCCAAGCACUGAGCAGCCUACCAGUACCACUGGUGGAGAGAGUGCAGAAACACCUGCUAAUGGCCCGAGUGGAACAGCAAGUCAAGUUGUCAAUGCAGGUGGUCAAAACGCUGCCAAUCAACAAAGAGGUCCUGGAGCUCAAUUUGUUCCGACUAAACAAAACCGAUUGACCACGAUUCCUAAGCCUUGCGGUCUUGACCCAAUUGUUCUUCUACAAGAGAGAGAAAACCGAGUAGCAGCUCGAAUAGCAGCCCGCAUAGAACAGGUUAGCAACUUGCCCACUGACAUGUCAGAAAAGUUACGAAUCCAAGCUCAAAUCGAGCUCAGGGCUUUGCGUUGCUUAAAUUUCCAAAGACAGCUGAGAAGUGAGAUACUGAGCUGUAUCAGACGAGAUACUACUCUGGAAACUGCAGUCAACAUCAAAGCUUAUAAACGCACUAAACGACAGGGACUUCGUGAAGCUAGAGCUACAGAAAAAUUGGAGAAGCAACAGAAGUUGGAAGCAGAGCGGAAGAAAAGACAGAAGAAUCAAGAAUUCCUCAAUUCUGUUUUGGGUCACGCCAAAGAAUUCAAAGAGUUCCACAGACAGAAUCAAUCUAAGCUCGCUAAAAUCAACAAGGCCAUUAUUAAUUACCAUGCCAAUGCUGAGAGGGAGCAAAAGAAAGAACAAGAGAGGAUUGAGAAGGAACGUAUGAGAAGGUUGAUGGCAGAAGAUGAAGAAGGUUAUAGGAAGCUCAUUGAUCAGAAGAAAGAUAAACGUCUGGCCUUCUUACUAUCCCAAACUGAUGAGUAUAUCAGUAACUUGACGGAUAUGGUGAAGCAGCACAAACUAGAACAAACUAACAAGAAAAAAGAAGAAGAAAGGCGCAAGAGAAACCAGCAAAGAAUGCAAGAACCAGACAGAAAAGUAACUGUUAUCGAAACCGCUACUGGAAAUAAGGUUACUGGUGAGAAUGCUCCUACUUUCCGUGAGGUGCAAGAUUGGUUACAGCAGCAUCCAGGAUGGGAAAUGGUAGAUACUGACGAUGAAGAUGAGGAAGAGAAGUCAGUCGAAGGAGAGGGCGAAGAUAAUAUCAACGCAGAAGAGAUCAUCAAUAAAGCAAAAGUUGAAGAUGAUGAAUACAACAAGAAUGCAGUUGAAGAACAGACUUAUUACAGCAUUGCACAUACCGUUCACGAAAUUGUUACGGAACAGGCAUCAAUUAUGGUCAACGGAAAACUCAAGGAGUAUCAGAUAAAGGGUUUGGAAUGGAUGGUGUCCUUGUACAAUAACAAUCUCAAUGGUAUUCUUGCGGACGAGAUGGGUCUCGGCAAAACUAUCCAAACCAUCGCUUUGAUAACCUAUCUCAUGGAGAAAAAAAAGGUUAAUGGGCCUUUUUUGAUCAUCGUGCCUCUUAGUACUAUUUCGAAUUGGAUGUUGGAAUUUGAAAAAUGGGCACCAUCUGUGGUUGUAAUAUCAUAUAAAGGAUCUCCUGGAGUAAGAAGGGUGAUUCAAAGUCAGAUGAGAGCCGCAAAAUUCAAUGUUCUUCUUACCACUUAUGAAUAUGUUAUCAAAGAUAAAUCCGUUCUUGCAAAGCUGCCUUUCAAGUACAUGAUUAUCGAUGAAGGUCAUCGUAUGAAAAAUCAUCACUGCAAGUUGACUCAAGUACUGAAUACACACUACCUGGCUCCUUAUCGCCUUCUGUUAACUGGUACUCCUUUGCAAAACAAACUGCCAGAGCUUUGGGCUCUACUCAACUUUUUGUUACCAUCUAUUUUCAAAAGUUGUUCCACUUUCGAGCAAUGGUUCAAUGCCCCAUUUGCUACCACAGGUGAAAAGGUAGAGUUGAAUGAAGAAGAAACAAUCCUCAUCAUUCGUCGUCUGCACAAAGUUCUGAGGCCUUUCCUUCUCAGAAGACUGAAAAAAGAAGUAGAAUCUCAGUUACCAGAUAAGGUAGAAUAUAUCAUAAAGUGUGAUAUGUCAGGCUUACAGAAAGUAUUAUAUCAACAUAUGCAAAACAAGGGAGUGUUAUUAACCGACGGUUCCGAAAGAGGAACCAAAGGUAAAGGCGGUGCUAAGGCACUGAUGAAUACCAUCGUCCAGCUCAGAAAACUGUGCAACCACCCGUUUAUGUUUCCAAAUAUUGAAGAAAAGUACUGCGACCAUGUCGGUAUAGCUGGAGGUAUCAUGUCUGGACCCGACACCUACCGUGCCUCAGGUAAAUUCGAAUUACUAGAUAGGAUUUUACCGAAGCUGAAAAUCACCAACCAUCGUGUUUUGCUGUUUUGUCAAAUGACACAGCUGAUGACGAUAAUGGAGGACUAUCUGAACUGGAGAGGUUUCAAAUAUUUACGUCUGGACGGAACUAUCAAGUCUGAGGAUCGAGGAGAUCUUCUCAAGAAGUUCAACGACAAGAACAGCGAAUACUUUCUGUUUCUACUGUCGACCAGAGCGGGUGGUUUGGGUCUCAAUUUGCAGACUGCAGAUACCGUCAUUAUUUUCGACUCGGAUUGGAAUCCUCAUCAGGAUCUCCAAGCCCAGGAUCGUGCCCAUAGAAUUGGUCAACAAAAUGAGGUUAGGGUGUUGCGAUUGAUGACGGUCAAUUCUGUGGAGGAACGUAUCUUAGCUGCAGCCAAGUAUAAGCUUACUAUGGACGAGAAAGUUAUUCAGGCUGGAAUGUUUGAUCAAAAAUCUACAGGUUCUGAGAGACAUCAAUUCCUGCAAAGUAUUUUACACAAUGAUGGCAGUGACGAAGAGGAAGAAAAUGAGGUGCCAGAUGACGAAACUGUAAAUCAAAUGGUGGCCAGAAACGAAGAUGAAUUUCAGCUAUUUCAGAAGAUGGACACUGAAAGAAAAACAGCUGAAGAAACUUUGGGUCCACAUAGGAAAUAUAGAUUAAUUCAAGAGGCGGAACUUCCUGAUUGGUUGAUAAAGCAAGACGAAGAAGUUGAGACUUGGAACUUUGACGAUACAGAUGCAUUGUUAGGCAGAGGAACACGGCAGAGAAAGGAAGUAGAUUAUGCAGAUAGUCUUACAGAAAAGGAAUGGUUGAAGGCCAUCGACGAGGAUGGUGACUACGACGAUGAAGAAGAAGAAGAGAAAGAGGUGAAGAAGAAGCGAGGACGUAAGAAGAGGAAACGCGAUGAUUCUGAUGAAGAGGGCAGUAGCACUGGCAGAAAACGUAAAAUUCCACAAAACAAAGCUGAAGCAAAAAUGAAGAAAAAGAUGAAGAAACUGAUGACUGUUGUGAUAAAUUAUACCGAUAGGGAUGGUCGGCAGUUGAGUGAUCAAUUCAUUAAACUACCUCCAAGGAAAGAAUAUCCCGACUAUUACACAAUUAUAAAAAAACCAAUGGACAUAACCAAGAUUAUGAAUUAUAUUGAAGAUGGGAGGUAUUCCGAGUUCAUGGACUUGGAACGUGACUUCAUGCUCCUGUGCCAAAAUGCGCAAAUCUACAAUGAAGAAGCUUCCAUAAUUCACGAAGACAGUAUCGUUCUUCAGUCAGUAUUCACGAGUGCAAAACAAAAAAUCGAAGCCACGAUGGAAUCAGAGGAUGAACGAGAUUAUAACUCAGAUGGAGAACAAACUCCCAGAACAAAAAGCAAGAGCAAGGUUAAGCGUAAGCCAGGAAGACCAAAGAGGUCUGCUAAGAAAUAUGUGUCAGAUGAUGAGGACGAUGAUUAGCUUUCAUUGAAUAUUUUCUCAAACAGACUAGUGAGAAAUAAUUUGUUUUUGGCUAAGUCGAAAGCAAAAAAAAUACAUUAAAUAGUAGGUUGCUGAAAAAACCUGUUUCAGUUUGUGUUAGUAAUUUUCUGCGACUGUUGUUUGGUAACCUUCUGAAGGUACAUAAAAUUUAUUUUUAUUUAGGAAUCACUCCCCAAUAUAUGAACAUAGGCUUUCACGAUGAUGGUCACAAUUGUAAAGAUUAGGGUUGGUGUUUUGUGGUCAAAAGGAACUUUUAAUACCAAUUUUUUCAUCUGCUGAGGCAGACAUCCUCAGUGGUGUAUCGUUGACUACGAGGACAUAGACAGUGUCUUAAAGUCUCGGAAACGAGUGACUGCGGAGCUCCGUGUUCACUCAUAUUCAUAUUAAUAGGGGUGAGGUGCCCAUGAAAAUUCUGAUCUGUUGUUGUGAUUGGUUCGCAUUGAUAAGUAUGCUGUCGGUGGAUUGAGUUCAACAAUGUGGGAAUUAUCAUAGACACCUCAUUCCCUAUUAGUAUACAUAGAAGUGAACAUGCUCCCUAGUCAAAUGUCGCAAACAGUGACUAUCACUGAAAAUGUCUGAUGCAGUAAUAGACGUAAUGAUGGUUAUCGCAAGUUCCUUUUGACUGCAAGUUACCAUUUCAAAUUUUGUCUGUUUCUAAUCACUCACCAUUUAGAUUGUUUUAUAAUUAUCUAGAUAAGUUUCAAAUGAAUAGGUACAGACUUACUUUGCUUUUAGUAGUAAUUUGGAUAUUUUGAUGGCGAUAUAUUUACACUAAUUGUUUUCAUUGAGAAUACUUUGCUGCCAAUUUCAAAAUUAGUAUGGCUGCUUCGUUGAUUGUGUGUGUUGUGUUUACAUUUUGAUCAGAAUUGACAAUGGAUUAUCUCAGUAAAGUUGUUGAGUUGAACCAUGUAAUUAGUUUAUUUUUCCCAACAUUUAAUGUCGCAGGUCUAUUUUUGUUCAAAUUGUACAUUCUGAAGCUUCUGUACUAAAAUUCAAUAUUGAGUUUUCAUUUUGAAUAUCAUACCAAGCCAUUGACCAAAUAGUACAGAGCUUUCUUUCAUAAAUUUAUAAUGAUGAAGGGUUCACCUGGUCUUACAGAUUUCUUUCGGAUUUAUCAAAUUUGAAGGUUGGUGAUGUUGGCUUGUUUUGAUAUUAAAAAUUGAAGCAAAUAUUGAUUGAUAUUUCUUACAUAUUACAGGGAUUUAUGUAUGUCAAUAAUAAGGAAUAAAUUCAAGUUUUUUGGGUA